GAGAUAUGUUCGUUGGAUUGGAUGGACGAUUGAUGAGUAUGCGGGAUUGACUGACUGCUUCUAUAGAAGAGGCGAAGGUGAUCCUCUGCAGCAUGAGCUCCACUGUCAAUAUCUUGGACGUGAAUCGGCAGGAUUGACGCAAAUCUUAGUAAGGAGGACGACACGAAAACUCUUCCGCGCGAAACGAAAUUCCGUGGAGAUCACACAAGGAACUUUCACUGGUUGUUACAUUGUCGGCUUAUUUCUGCCCGUCAUUUUGGACAAAUGGCUACCAUCGCGAGGCCCGUUCCUAUUGCCCUCAGAUUACAGGGGAAAGUGGCUUUGAUCACGGGAGGUGCGAGCGGAAUUGGGGAAGAGACGGCGAAGACGUUUGUGGCACAUGGUGCAAAAGUGAUCAUUGCCGACAUUCAGGACGCUGCUGGAGAGAAGUUGGCACGCGAGCUCGGCGGACCUGACACAGCCCGCUUCAUCCAUUGCGAUGUGAGCCAAGAGGAAGAUGUUGCAGCGGCUGUGGAUCUCAGCGUCAGUGCGUAUGGAGGACUCCACGUUAUGUUUAACAAUGCUGGUGUGCUUGUGCCUGGCUGCCCGCUUGAGGAAACAUCCAUGGUGGAAUUCGAUCGUAGCUACGGCGUUCUCUUGAAAGGGGCAGUCAUGGGAGUGAAACACGCCGCCAGAGUGAUGAAACCGAUGCAAACGGGCAGCAUCAUUACCACAGCGAGCGUGGCUGCGCACAUCGCAGGCCCUAGUAUGGCUUAUACGACUUUGAAGCACGCAUUGCUGGGACUGACUCGCUAUGCAGCUUGGGAGCUCAGGGACUUCAAUAUCAGAGCGAACACCAUUUCUCCUGGUGCGAUCUGUACACCGAUUAUGAAGGAUGUCCCUAAAUUUUUUCUCGAGCAAAUGCAGGCCUCGUCAUUUUUCCCGAAGAUGAAGACUAGUGUCUCGCACAAAAUUGCAGGGCCUGACAGUAUAGCGAACGCAGCUCUGUUUCUAGCCAGCGACGAUUCUGCUUACGUGAGUGGCGAAGACUUGGCGGUAGAUGGAAGUCAUAUGUUGCAACCUGGGGAUCCAUUGAUAAACGCAUAUAAGUUGUCUGUGGCGGCAAGCAAAUCUGCUCUCAUCUAAACAGCCUUCUUACAUGAAUUGAUACUUCCGGAGACAAGGUGCAGAACAAAAGGUAGCUUUUACUCAUACAAUAGGUCAGAUUGUACAAAGAGGCCAGCAAGGGAAGCACUAGCAAUUGACAAGAUCUAUCAAGCAAUAAACAGCUAUCUACCGUGUCCCGUGACUU